AGAGCACAAGCUGCUGGCUGUUUUCUCCCUCUCCCAAUCCUCCUCACUGCGUUACGGAUAUCGGUUGCUCCCAGAGAGCGGUGCGUGGUCAGUCGCACAUCUCUACCGGCUCGCGAUAGACCAGGCGGCUCAUUAAACGGCGCCGAGCAUUGUGGCCAGAAGCUCUUUCGUUCGCCGGCACCGAAGCACUACGGUCUCGUCCGGAACCACGCCAGCGUUCGUGCUCUUCUUCGACUUGCCUCGUCCGUGCCACAGUUUCGGGCAAAGUAUUGUCUACAGGAUGUCGUGCUCUAGAGCGAUAUUUUAGUCGCCUUGACGAGCGGUAGUGGGAAGAUAGCGCGUUUUACGAAACAGCGAGGCAACCGCUUGUCUUGUUUACUCACACCAGUGUUCGCGUUACCAAAGGCUAAAGGUUACUUGGCACCGGCCCUCAUAGUUCUGACAGCUCAAUCGCACGGAGCCUAGUGACGGGCGUCGGGUUACGUGGAGCUUGUUCACCUCUACUUCCGAGCAUUUGUCGGUUGAAACUCUUUGCUUUCUUGAAACUUUCUUUGCUAACGACUUAAAUAUUAAGUGCUGGAGGAGGGGCGAAACAAAUGACACCCUAGCCCGUUGGUUUGUUGGAUCGUUAUAAAACGCUGAGCUCGCCCGUUCUGUGGGAGAUCAAGACAUUACAAUCCUUGGAACUCCUGCGCGCGAUGGCAUCUCUGACCGCGAAGAGAAUAAUCGCCCGCAGCCCGUCAUGCACGCGCCUCUUCAUCUUGGUGGCAUGCCUUCUGCUGCCAUUUGUGACUCAAGCCUCUCCGGUAGAGAACCAUACAACUACCACCGCUGACCAAGUCUUGACGAGAGCAAUGAAGACGUCGUACCCACCAACAACGUCUGCCACGGUGGAAGACGAUGAACCCGACUACGAACAAGUGCUGCGAAACGCCGUGGCACGCUUGUUCGCCAGCAUGCCUUCGUCGAUCAGAAGGAAGCUCCUCGAGGCGGACGUGAGACCCGAGUGCAGCAUCGGCCUCUUCCGGUUGAUGCGAGGAUUCCAGAACCUCGAGCCGUGGGCGCUGAGAUUGUUCGACGCGUCCGGAAAGUACCCAUCGGGGUUGCUGCAGGCCACAAAAGCUGAUCUGGGAGCAUUCGACGAGUGUCUGGAGACCGUGGUGCGCGACAACUACGGCCAGGAAGUGUCCCAGGGCCAAUACUGCAGCCUGCUCUUCCAUCUGAAAGAGAACCGCGCUCUGAGAGAGCGCAUCAUGACACUUGACAUUUUGCACCCACUGAUUAAGCAGUACACGGAAUAUUUCUUCAUUGAUGAAAUCCCCGCAACACGCCUAGGCAUCUGCAUUAUCAACGACUGUAAUAAACAAGACCUGCAGGCCAUCAUCGACGCAGUAAAGCCGAAAAAGCUGCGAAUCGAAGUAGAAAGCUGCGUGACGAUCAACGAUGUGGUGAUGACCCCCGGCCAGACUGCGAUUAUAGCUUUCUUGGCUGUCCUUGGCGUCUUCGUUGGAGCUGGAACUAUCGUCGACAUCUACAUGUCAUAUAGAAAAACGACCGAGAAAAGUGAACAGAGAAAAUGGCUGAAGUGCGUCACCUCAUUCUCAGCGCUUCACAACACACGUGCUAUCUUCACCAUAGCACGCCCAAGGCAAGCUGGUGACUUUGAUCUAAGCUUCAUUCACGGACUGCGGUUCUUCAGCUUGGUAUCCAUUGUUCUUGGCCACAGCUACGGUAUCAUGUCUGACGCAUGGUCUCGCACACUCAACCUACUAAUCUUGAGUGAGCAACAGAUGAGCAUCUUCGUGACGUCUGGAUUCGUUCUUGUUGACACGUUCUUCUUCAUCAGCGGAUUUCUGGUGUGCCUAGUCCUCGAGAAACAAAACAAGAGUGGUUUGAGGGUGUUCAUUUUCGCCGUCAUUCGAAGGCUUGUAAGGACCACUAUUCCCCUUUUCUUCAUCGUUAUGUGCAUAUCUGUGCUUCCGCUGAUGCUCACGGGCCCCGGAAUCAAGAACUUCUUUGAAAAAAUGGACGAAGAAGUACACAACCACUGGUGGCAUUGGCUGCUCCAAAUCAGAAACUUUUACUACGUCGGACUGAAGACGGUCCUGCCACAUGUGUGGUACCUGUCCAUGGACUUUCAGUUCUUUGUUGUAGCCGUUCCUCUGUUUAUGAUGCUCAAGAACCGCAAGCCCGUGGCAAUUGGAGUCUUCGCCUUCAUCGCACUGUUUGGGUGCUGUGUUUCUGCCUGGCAAGUCACUCGAUGGGACAUUGCCCCGUUCAUGGUGUUCCUUGCGCGUCGGCUGGCCACUGUUGGUGACACCGUGAACAAGUAUUAUAUCCUUCCAUCCUACCACGCGGUCUGCUAUUUCACCGGUUGCAUUGUAUACCUUGUUGCUGACAACUUCAGGCAGCGUAAAGUGUCCAAGGUGGUUCAAAUCACAUGCUGGGUUGUAUCCUUCGGUGCCGGCGUAUGCUGCAUGUUUAUAAAGUGCAUAUGGUACACUGGUGAUACGCCGACCUCAGCCCUUGGCAAAAUGGCCACAGCAUUCUUCGACCGCAUCAUGUGGUCGAUGUUUAUUGGAUGGAUCACGUUGGCCUGCAUUUCGGGACGUGGAGGCUUUGUGUCCAAGUUCCUGUCGUGGCCUGCCUUCGUACCUUUGAGUCGCCUAUCCUUUGCUGUUUACCUCAUACACUUCCCUUUCAUCGACAUCAUGCUUCAUGCAUCGAGGGAGCGCCUCUACUACUCCAACUUCAAUCAGGUGACGCUGUUCUUCGCGGUAUUCCUGUGGAGCUACAUUCUCGCCUACUUCAUGUAUCUUGUGUGUGAGGGCCCCACGGCUAACCUGGACAAGCUGGCCUUUAGUUCCAUCACCCGACCACGAAACGAGAACGAGGCAUCCACGACGGUCCAGAAGGCCAGCAACGGGACACGGGAAGUGGGCUUCGAAAUUCCGCACAUCGUGUUAGACGACGACGGCAAGAAAGUUGGCAACGGCACACAUUGACACGCCAACACCGCGAAGCUCAGAGUAGGAUGCCGUGAACUUCAAUUUGUGAACAUUGCGUUGGUGGUCGCGGAUUCCGGAACUAUUGUGGUGGCGUGUUUGUGUUGGACAGUUUGGUGGUGCAAAGAACCGUGCAAAACGUACCAUCCAGCAUGAAAACGUCGGAUAACUCCAAUGAAAAGGUUCUUCUGCGAAGCGUCCUUCCGGCAGCGGAGCAACACCCAUCGCGUGGAGCACCCUCCCGAAACCUCCUUCUCGCUCUACGAAGGUCAUUUGUCUUUGGGACGGGAGGGCUACGUGAAGUCGUAACUACCUUGCAUGCAGACAGCAGUUGCCAAAAAAAUAAAGGCUUACAGAUGGCGUUGUCAAGAAUGGCAACGCCUUUGAUUCGACAGGGGCUCCGACGGUGCAGGACUCGCUGCGUUGCUGCCCACCCACUAUACGGCACCACUGCUUAUGGUUCUAGUGAAUGUGAACAGUGUGCUGUCAAUGUGUGAACUGGCUGUGUGAACUCGAUGCGCGAAUUUGUGUUGUCUGAACGAAUAUUUCGUGUAGUGCUGAGCGCACCGCAGUCUGCUGGCAUGGGCGAACUUUUUUUCGCUCGUACACUGUCACUGUACACUUACACUGUCCUGUGGCCUCGUACGCCAAGCACACUCAGGAACAAUUCCAGCAGCUACUCAACACACUUUGACGGUGUUCUUGCGUUAAAGAGAUGUCCUAAGCCUGUUUUGUGAACCUUCAGUAACCCAGGGAUCUUUGUUUUCCGAUAAUGGAUAUGCAUAUUCUUCAUACAUGCAUUGUGACAAUGCAGCGUCCUUUACCUACAACGCGGCUAUAGCCGCCCAAUUGAUGUGUCAUCAAGCUGGUGGCGGAGAAACGCACUGGCUUGCUGUGCCUUUUCCAGAAAGCGAUAUGGUAGUAAAAAUGCAAUUGCUGAUUCGUUUUCGAAGUGAAUGUGUUUAUAGGUCAGAAACAUUCUGCCUAUUCCUUAUGCCAGAAUCGCGUGUGUCAAUUGUUUGCGGCACACAACACCAAAGCCAUUUCCGAAACACCCUUGAUAUUAAACCGUUCAUCAUUUUCUGUCAAUUUUAUCCAUCCAUCUCUUUUCCAUUAAACAUCUCCUCAUACUGAGCACAGUUCUACCUCAAUUUUUCCUAUUUUUCUGGGCAUAGGUAGAUUAUUGAAAUAUUAGACUAAGUUCUGAACAUUAUCCCUUGCUGGUUUCCGCAAUAUUGCUGUAAAACAUGUUUAUUUAAGACAUUGCAUUAGACAACACAAUAUUAAGACCUGCCUUUCCUUCCCGUGGCUAAUUUAAAACUGAGCAUUUAACUUUAUUCGUGUUCUUAAUGGCCAAAAAGAGUUUUCUUUUUGUUGCACUGUAUAUAUGGCAUGUUGAACAAAUAAAUUGCGAGAAAGA